AUGGCAGCCUCGAUAGAUCCUUCAAAAACUACAAUAGUCGACAUCUUUGCUGGCGCAGGGGGGAAUUCUAUUGCCUUCGCUCGGUCAGGACGCUGGGAAAAGGUCAUUUCAAUAGAGAAGGAUCCUUCUGUGAUUGCUUGCGCCAAAAAUAACGCGGCAAUCUACGGUGUUGCGGACAAGAUUACUUGGAUCAAUGAUGAUUGCUUUGAUUUUGUUUCCAAGGAUGGGAAUAUUGAUUUCAAUACAUCCACCAUCUUCGCCAGCCCACCUUGGGGCGGCCCAGGCUAUCGGGGCGACGAGAUCUUCAAUCUCGAUACCAUGCAGCCGUACUCCGCCAAGCAGAUCCACGAGAUGUGCAAGUCGACGGAGUGUGCCUUAUUCUUGCCGAGGACAUCCGAUUUGCGACAGAUUGCGAAACUUGCACCGGAAGGAGACAAGGUCGAGGUCGUCCAGUAUUGCAUGGAGGGUGCCAGCAAGGCUUUAGUUGCAUAUAUACCAGCCACUCAGAGCAGCUAA